AUGGAUUACAGUGAUCGUCUGAAACAACAGCUGGACGUUGCCACGAGAGAAAGGGAUUCGAAAGUCGCUGAGGUCGCUGCAUGUGAUAUUAACGAAAAGGACACUAUGCAGAAAGCGAUAGCAUACAUGGAAGAACGAAUGCAAGUCUAUCAGAACACCCUAAUGGAGCACGAUCUUGUCGUAAGCGAUGAGAGCAGCACUGACUGGCGGAAAGGCUUCGUGGAUCCAAGAUACAAUAUAAUGGUUUCCAAACGGGUUCAAACGGAUUUAACGUCAGAAGACCUGUCGAGGCAUGAGACUGAGUUCAUGACCACGAAGAGGAAGCUCACGGAGUUGCAUAACGAGUUUGCCAUGAACCGUUCUGAUCUACACGGGAGGUUUGAGGAGAUUGAGAAGAUCCUUCUCACAAAAACUCAGCUCGUCGAGACUUUAUCGAAGCAGCUCGAGGAUACAUGUAGGGAUCAGCGUCAGCAAAUUGAUUCCCACCAAGAAGAACGAGAGGCCUACAAGAAAAAACUCGAGGAUAUCUCCGCUGUCGCCGAGAAAGAGAAGAGCGAGUUUGAUAUCCGUUUUCAAGCUCAGCGCGAAGAAAUGGAGCAUGCUCUUGAAGAGGCGUUGAAAGAAGCUCUAGCAAAAUACAAAGAACAGUCAGAUUACUGGACUAGCAAGCAUGCUGCUCUGGAGCAAACUCUUGAACGGACCAAGCAGGAACUCUCCAUGCAUAUCAAAGAGAAAGAGGAUAUGAAAAUGAAAUCAAAACUUGAACGUGCCGAUCUCGAACGUCGUCUUACAAGCAGUAUUGAUCAUGUGGCUAUGUUAAACAGCCAGGGUGAUCUGUUCGACGAGAACGAGGAAAGGUUGAAGUUAUGUCAGGGUGAAUUGGCGACGACGAGGAGACAGGUUCAUGUGCUCCAGCAGAAGCUCAUCAGUGUCAUGCAGGAGAAGGCUGAUAAACGUGUACAAAUUCGGCGUCGUAUCCCUUGUGUUGUUGAGCGUGAACCCGAGGUACCAAAGGCGGAUGUUGAGAAAAUCGAAGCUCUUCAAACGAAAAAUGCUGAACUACGUGAACAGGUGACCACAAGCGAAUGGCAUUUGGUGGCGGCCGAAGAGGAGAAAUCUGCACUGGUACGUAGUGAACGUGAACGUAUUCGGCAUCUAGUCAGUGAGUUCGAGAACGUUCGUCGUGAGCUGGACCAGGAGAUGAGCCGCUACCAAACCGAAAAGACAUGGUUGAAGUCGCGUAUUCACAAUCUCGAAACUGAUAACGAAGAAUUACAACGGACUAUUGAAGCUCGAGCGGAAGGAAGUACUACAUCCAGGGACACAGGGUCAUUCAGGAAAACGUUGUCCGAACCCGAACUAGGCCAUGAUGAUGAGGAAACUGCUCGAUUACGCGCGGAAAACAUCCAGCUGAAAAGAGAACUUGAUCGAAUUCGUGAUUCAUUGCGUCGUACUGCAUCAGUUAUGGGUCGUGAUCGGAGUCAUUUAUCGCCAGCCUUCGCCACACUUGCUGAUGAUCUUAAUGUGGUAAAAUCGGAUCUUGAACAAAUUCUCAAUUCGAUGGAGGGUACUUCGAGCAGUACGUGUGAUAAGGUUGGAGACAUUUCAACAUCACCGAUUCCUGGUCAAACUCCAACCGACGACGAAGAACAAUUGCAUUCGUUUGAAGCUAUGGCAUAA